AUGGCAUUUUUACAUUCUCACUCGACGGAAUGCAUGUCCAGCGAGCUAGAUCUUUUCACACUUCCAGCCACCCAAACGUCCAUUGAAAGCAGCAGCUUUCUGCAUUAUAAGCCUGUGUCGUCUCUUAGCGACGAUGUCGACGCACCAUUGGAAUUUGUUGUGCCGGCAGGUAGCGAGCAUUACUUUGAUCUGGCUCACACUAUGCUUCAUCUUCAAGCUAAAAUCGUACCCGCUGACGAGACUACCGCAACGACCGAAAACCUUAAAAAAAUGGUUUCGCCUCCUAAUAACGCCUAUCCUUACAGAGCGUACAUCGAUACGCUUCUCAACUACGCUCCGGCAGCUAAAGAGUCACAUUUUACAGCGAGUCUGUGGUACGACGACACGAGCGGCGGUUUCGAUUCGCCAGCUAAUGCGGUGAGCACUGCCACAGCACCUAUGAUCGUGAACAAAGGGCUGGAAAAUCGCAAAUAUUUAACACAGAAUCGACGAUACUUUGACAUGAUUGGACAUCUACAUCACGACCUCUUUAAUCAGAAUAAAAUGCUGAUUAAGGGCGUAGAAAUGCGCGUACGUCUAGCGAGGAGUAAGGAUGCUUUUUCUCUGAUGGACGCGACAACCGAUGGAAAAUUCAAACUCAGCAUCAAAGAAGCUACACUCAUAGUUCGCAGAGUAAAAAUCAGUCCUGGAGUUUUACUGGCUCAUGCGCAAGCGUUAUCGGAAACCACGGCUAAAUAUCUCAUAACAAGAGUCGAAGUUAAGUCGUUUACUCUUCACUCGGGAAUAUUGGGCGAUUCGAUCGACAACAUUAUACACGGUCAGCUGCCGAAGAGAAUAAUCUUGGGCUUUGUGGAAAACAAAGCAUUCAACGGAAACCGCGCGUAA